AUGUUCGAGCUGGAUGAUCCACGGGAGAAGCUGAGACUGCUGGAAACGCCAGUGAAAAGCACCGAUAAGUCGUCAGAAUCUAUCGACGGCGAAGCACUGAAAGAGCUGAACGGUGGAGCUGAAAACGGGGUCGGUGGCGACGGCGAGGGAACCGCCUUGGCCAUGGCCACCAUCGGCCAGAUCAAGGCGAAAAGCCGCCCGGGCCUGCUGCCACGCAACGGCGGUGGCGGUGGUGGUGGUGGUGGUGGUGGCGACCUGGACGAUGGCGAGCAGCGCGAAACCUGGAGCGGCAAGGUGGACUUCCUGCUGUCGGUCAUCGGGUUCGCCGUCGAUCUGGCCAACGUAUGGCGCUUCCCGUACCUCUGCUACAAGAACGGUGGCGGUGCUUUCCUGGUGCCGUACGGUAUAAUGCUGCUGGUUGGGGGCAUUCCACUGUUCUACAUGGAGCUGGCGCUCGGGCAGUUCAACCGGAAGGGAGCCAUCACGUGCUGGGGCCGGCUGGUGCCGCUGUUCAAAGGCAUCGGCUACGCUGUGGUACUGAUAGCGUUCUACGUAGACUUCUACUACAACGUCAUCAUAGCGUGGUCGUUGCGUUUCUUCUUCGCUUCCUUCACCAGCAGUCUCCCGUGGACGCACUGCUCGAACGCAUGGAACACGGCGGAAUGUCAACCGUUUGGGUUCAGCAACAGCUCGGCGGCGACCAUUAGCAACCGGACCGCGGCCGCACUGGCGGGGAAUGUCACGGCUGCGGCAACGGUAGUCAACGAGACCAAAUUCGCAUCGGCUUCAUCCGAGUACUUCAACCGAUAUAUUUUAGAGCUGCACAAAAGCGAAGGUAUCCACGAUCUGGGUGCCAUCAAGUGGGACAUGGUACUGUGUCUGCUGGUUGUGUAUCUCAUCUGCUACUUCUCGCUCUGGAAGGGUAUCAGCACGUCCGGUAAGGUGGUCUGGUUUACGGCCCUAUUCCCGUACGCCGUACUGCUGAUUCUACUCGUCCGCGGCAUCACCCUGCCUGGUUCGGCCGAAGGAAUCGACUACUAUCUGCGACCGAACUUUGACUGCAUCUACAACGCGCAGGUUUGGGUAGACGCCGCCACACAGGUGUUCUUCUCCCUUGGGCCUGGGUUUGGUGUUUUGCUCGCGUACGCCUCGUACAACAAGUAUCACAACAACGUCUACAAAGACGCUCUGCUGACGAGUUUGAUCAAUUCGGCGACCAGUUUUGUGGCCGGAUUCGUGAUUUUCUCCGUCCUCGGUUACAUGGCUAACGCGAGUGGUCAGAGCAUUCAGGACGUUGCGACCGAGGGCCCCGGGUUGGUGUUUGUCGUCUAUCCAGCCGCCAUCGCCACCAUGCCGGGUAGCAUCUUCUGGGCAUUGAUCUUCUUCAUGAUGCUCCUCACGCUCGGACUGGAUAGUUCGUUUGGAGGCUCCGAAGCUAUCAUCACCGCCCUCAGCGACGAAUUCCCCAAAAUCGGUCGUAAUCGGGAGAUUUUUGUGGCCAUCCUCUUCUCGCUGUACUUUGUCGUUGGUAUCGCCAGCUGCACCCAGGGUGGGUUCUACUUCUUCCAGCUGCUCGAUCGUUACGCCGCCGGUUAUUCGAUUCUCAUAGCGGUACUUUUCGAAUCGAUCGCUGUCUCUUGGAUUUACGGCACGGAACGGUUCUGCAAUGACAUCAAGGACAUGAUUGGCUUUGCUCCGGGCAUCUACUGGCGCGUUUGCUGGAAGUUUGUGGCGCCGCUGUUUCUACUCUUCAUCAUCAUCUACGGUUUGAUCGGGCACGAGCCGCUCAGCUACGAGGACUACGUCUAUCCGGCGUGGGCGAACGUGCUCGGGUGGUGUAUAGCGGGUUCGUCGAUGAUCAUGAUCCCACUGAUGGCGUUUUACAAGCUGAUCGUGACCAAGGGAACCUUCCGACAGCGGAUGAAAAUACUUACUACGCCCUGGAGGGAUCAACAGCUGGCCGUGAACGGUGUCACGAUCGAACCGGCUCAGGUGCGGCUGACGCAUUCCGAUGAGGGCGAGGAGGUUUGAGUGCGUUCCCGCUUUUGCGCACCCCGGUUUGAUAUUUACUUCGUGUAGCGUUCGAGUGUUCCCUUACUCAUCCCAUCCCUCCUUUGUGUUUCGUUUUGCAACCGUGUGGGCUGUAUCGAUGUUGAUUUUUGUUUUGUGUCCGUUACUCCUACACCUCCCCAUCUUGAAAGUAAGCGUUACCACUGUCAAACGUUACCACUGAAUCAUCUUUGUCGAAAGAUUUCCCUAGGAUAGAUCUGAUGUAUACUUGGCCACGGGUGGAAUUUUCCGGAGCCGAAACCAAGCAUUAUAUUUCGCGCACUGCAAAGCAAACCAUUACGCAGGGGUUAUUUGUAAGUACUUUUUUCACGAGUGAAAUAAACUUAAUGCUGUAUAGGAUAAUAUGAGUGGAGACGUGGGAACCCAGUUCACCACUGUAAGAUACUGGCGAAGCGAGGU